AUGCAUGGUCAACGUUCCGAUGAUCACCAAUUCAGUCCUCUUAAACUCUUCAAUGUCGAAGGCCUAGUCGCUGUGGUGACUGGAGGGGGGAGCGGCAUUGGGCUUAUGAUGGCUACCGCUCUUGAAAACAACGGUGCUGUAGUGUACAUUGUUGGGAGAAGACAUGAAGUGCUUGAGCGGGCCGCCCAGGAAAACAGCCGAUUUAACAACAUCAUUCCUUUGCAGGGUGAUAUCACGAAUCGUGAAUCCCUUCUAUCCGUAGUACAAAUAGUGAAAGCUCGACACGGAUAUAUUGAUCUCUUAGUCAAUAACGCUGGGAUUGCACGAAAUUUAUACGCAUUCCAAUCCGCGUUGUGGGAUUCUGGAACCCCUGACGACUUUGCAGAAACAUUUGCAACGAACGUGACGGCGCCUUAUUAUACGACUGUCGCGUUCUUGGAACUUCUACAUCAGGGAAAUCUCCGCCAACAAGAGACCGUGUUUUCGAGUUUCAUGACUUUCCCCCCGUUUCAUUCAUCACAAGUGAUCACCGUUUCGUCGUCGGGUUCGUUCAGAGUCGACCCCAAGAUUGUUUCCAUGUCAUAUACGUUGUCUAAAACUGCCACUACGCAUCUCGGCAAAUGCUUGGCGAAUUUGCUGGCACCUUGGAGUAUCCGAAGUAACGUUUUGGCUCCAGGGGUUUGGCCAAGUGAAAUGACGAAUAGCAGGUUAUCGCCAAAUUUUAAACUCGAUCCUCGCGUUAUGGCCAUGUCGGUACCCUUGAAGCGAGCGGGCACAGAAGAGGAAAUGGCUGGGACUAUCCUUUUUUUGGCCAGCAAGGCUGGGGCAUAUGUCAACGGUGCGGUCUGGCUCAUAGACGGAGGCAGGGUAAACUCUGUAGCGAGCAGCUAUUAA